AAAGCACAGCGCCCCUCACAGGAAUGGAGGUGCACAUUGCCGCUAAACCAAGCAUCGCCAUAUUGAUGUCCCAACAACGUCGAGAGGGCAUAUGACAGUGGGAAUCCUAGUGAUGACUCUACUGAGCCCGGUGCCCCCUGAUUAGACUGGUUGGAUGUCCUCCUUAACAACUACAACAAUCAGCCUCUACCAAACCAACGUAGCAUCAGCUCUGCAGCGACCCCACCUGUCACCUGCAGCUUGGAGGAAACCUCCAAGGUGAUUCAGAGAACAACCUGUGUAUAAUAUGUCCGGCUCUGUCCCAAGCCGCUCUCGAGUUUACCCUGAUGUAAACACACAGAGGCCUCGGGAGUACUGGGACUACGAGUCCCAUGUGGUGGAAUGGGGGAACCAAGAUGACUACCAGCUGGUGCGCAAACUAGGACGAGGCAAAUACAGUGAGGUGUUUGAAGCCAUAAAUAUCACCAACAAUGAGAAGGUUGUUGUCAAAAUACUCAAGCCAGUCAAAAAGAAGAAAAUCAAGAGAGAAAUCAAGAUUCUAGAAAACUUGCGAGGCGGUCCCAACAUCAUCUCACUUUUAGAUAUCGUCAAGGAUCCUGUGUCUCGAACUCCCGCGCUGGUUUUUGAGCAUGUCAACAACACUGAUUUCAAGCAACUGUAUCAAACUUUAUCAGACUUCGACAUACGGUUCUACAUGUUUGAAAUCUUGAAGGCCCUUGACUACUGUCACAGUAUGGGGAUCAUGCACAGAGAUGUCAAGCCACACAAUGUGAUGAUUGAUCAUGAACACAGAAAGCUCCGCCUGAUCGACUGGGGCUUGGCAGAGUUCUACCACCCUAACCAGGAGUACAAUGUGAGAGUGGCCUCGCGCUACUUCAAAGGACCUGAGCUGCUGGUAGACUACCAGAUGUAUGACUACAGUUUAGACAUGUGGAGUUUGGGCUGUAUGUUGGCCAGCAUGAUCUUCAGGAAGGAGCCUUUCUUCCAUGGACACGACAACUACGACCAGCUCGUACGGAUUGCUAAAGUCCUCGGCACAGAGGACUUGUAUGACUACAUCGACAAGUACAACAUUGAACUAGACCCACGGUUUAAUGACAUUCUGGGCAGACACUCCCGUAAGAGGUGGGAGAGGUUUGUGCACAGUGAGAACCAGCACCUGGUGAGCACCGAGGCUCUGGACUUCCUGGACAAGCUGCUGCGUUACGACCACAACGCUCGCCUCACAGCCCGGGAGGCCAUGGAACACCCAUACUUCUGUGAGUUUCCCCUCCGCCUCCACUCAGACUUCUACAUAUAGGCCUGCUGCAUAAGACGCCUAACUGAAUGUUUAAGUGCUAGAACCCUCGCUUGAUCUUAAGAUUAUGGUGCUAAAUUAUGCCUCAAUACAAUACACUUUUUUUUAAAGUACUUGCUAAAAAAUGGUUCAUAUUCAGUGGAUUCUCUUGCAGCCAUUGAACACAUUGAAGCAGAAGGCUUUUUAACAGAUAUUUACAGUUUCUUCAGAGGAGUUCAUGUGACUACAGUAUACAUUUUAGCCCUUUAGCCGAUGCUCUUAUCCACAGCGACAUACAAUUAGUGCAUUCAUCUUAAGAUGUGUUGUCGUCUCACCAAGCAGGCCAAUAGACCAGAGGUGGUGGAACGGAGGACUCGGGUUGGAUGUAGGGUUUUCAAAUAAGCCUGAUGGUAGGGAAGGACAGUUCCUCUUGCUGCUGCGUAGGCAAGCAUCAGGGUCUUGGAGAUGAUGCCAGCUUCGACUGGAAGCCAGUGGCAUGUGUGGAGGAACCGGGUGACAUGGGAGAACUAGGUCAGAGAUGACACGCUCAAGUGUUUUGGGGGAAAAAAGAAGACAUAACCAGUCUGUUCUUGACGUCAGAGAGUUUGAGUGUUGCUAU